AAUCAGAUAACUUACAAACUUCUUUUUCCAACACCAAAAGCCUUCAAUUCCACCAGAACUUCAACAAGUUCUUAGGAAAAGAUGGCUUACUGGUUAACUGAAAAUGCAACUGAAGCUUAUCUCAAGUCCAUGAAAAUGGGUAAGAUGGGUAAUGAACCAGAUGUGGCAGAGUUCAUUUCGGCAAUUGCAGCCGGAAACAAUGCCAAACUCAUAGUGAUUGUUGGUGAUGCCACCGCCAGGUCCACCACUUUAGGACUUGUGGCUGCAGCUGAGCAAACAGGUGGGCAUGUAAUUAGCAUCUUUAAAGGAACGGAUGAGUUGCAUUUUUCCAAAGAAGCACUAGGGUCAGAUGCGAGCCAAGUUGAAUUUAUUAUUGGGGAUGCACAAAUUAUGUUGCUAAAUAACUAUAGAGAGGCUGACCUGGUGGUUAUUGAUUGUAAUCUUGAGAAUCAUGAACAGAUUCUUGAGGCCAUACAAGGAAAUGGGAGGGCAAAUAGUACAAUUGUGUUGGGAUAUAAUGCAGACUGGAAGGAUUCGUGGCGGUGGAGCAGAUCAAAUAGUCAAUUGUUGCCAAUUGCGGAAGGGCUGCUGUUGAUGAGAAUAGCUGGAAAAUCUGAAAAUGUUGUCAGUGUUGAUGGUAAACAUAGACGUGUUGGCAGCCAUGGAGGAAGUAAGAAAAGUCAUUGGAUUGUUAAAGUAGACAACUGCACAGGUGAAGAGCAUGUUUUUAGAGUCAGAUCACCAGGCAGGCGAGUCGCAAAAGCUUGAACUUAUGUCGUCUGGUUAUUAUAAAUCAUGAAAGGUUGGAUAUACUAGAUUACUAGGGACUAGUUGAUUCUUAAAUGUAUAUAACACCUGAUGGUGUAAAAGUAUUUUUGGUGUAAACUUUUAUUACCGGCCAGAAGGAUUAUGGUCUAUGGUUUUUGAAAAAAAUUAUAAUUAGUUUGCAAGAAAAUAGUUUUCAAGGGCUCAAAAUUAUAAUUAGUUUGCAAGAAAAUAGUCUGUAGUGGAAAAUAGUAAGUGGCAGUUUUAAUAAAUAUACGAGUAGUU